AUGCCUGGCACACAGCGUAUCCACGAUGGAUACCAAUGCGCCGACGGUGUUGUGAAACCGGGGGAGCUACAGCUAGAUGCUCCCAGUACCCAUCACAUAACCCUGUUGUCUCGCAAUGAGGUCUAUAGCCCUCAAUUGUCUGGAUCUGUUCUGGUACCAAUUUCGUCUCCUAGAUUCGACCAGCCAGAAUGCCCCGAUAUCACACUCACCUUGGAUCAAGUGUUAACAACCCGAACACGCGACUCCAUGGCUAUCGGUAAGAAAAAUGUCCAUCUGUUCAAGCGCCUGUCGAGGCGGCGCCUCGCUCCGAACCGAGUCAAUGCGGCUCAUGAGUUUCGAGGCUGUUCGGAUGUAGAAACAGUCAUGAAGUGUAUAUUAGAAGGCUCGCCAACGGUAUCCACAGCUGACCAGCACGGUGGCAUGAGGCUAUUGCGAUUUCAAUUUCUUAUUCCCAUUCCUGCUAGGGAAGUAUCCUACACGCUUACGGCCACUGCAACCUGGCCCUCAGGGACCUCGACAAGCACGACGAGACCGAUCCAGAUAGCUCGCUGCGUGCUUCCUGGUCCCGGUUAUGGUGUCAGCCACGUUCGAAACUAUCACGGGGCAACAUUGUCAACAGAACUUGCCGCGAGAUUAACAUACUCUGCCAAUCUUGUCGCUCGUCGAACAAUUACCCCCGGGGAUCGGCCUAUGGAAAUGAAGUAUGUGGUCAUCAAAGAGCUCAGGUGGUGGGUGGAAGAGACAGACACCACGACAUGCGAGAAGCAAUGCGUACGCCAAGUAGGACGCGGGACACAGAAAGGGCGAUGGACUGCCAACACUGAUGGGGAAAUUGAGAUCGUGUUCGGGAUCACGAUCCCACGGAGUGCAGAAGCUGUAGACAGCUUAGAUAUCUCUUCAUAUCGCGUCUCCUCGGCACCAGUGCUUCCAAAUCAAGCAACUUCGGAAUCUCUUCGACCUUACAUGCUAUCUACCAAGAAGAGAGCAAUUACCGUUAGCCAUCAACUAAAACUUGAGAUAAUCACAGGCGAGGACACUCACCACCAGAAAACCAGGAGCUUGCUGGAUCGAAAACGGCUUUGGAAAUCCUUCAAGGCGUUUUACCCUCUUUUACUGCAUGAAGUGACGACCGGUGAAGACCUGCCCGAGGGCCUUCUGCACGAAAACCCGUCUCUCCCGCAAUACGAGGACGGAUCUGCAAUGCCACCAACUUAUGAUGUCUCGUCUUGAUACCUUUCUCUCAUACGUUCAGGGUUGCAGCAUAUCACAAA